GACAUCUUGAAUAAUUUAUAUCAACCUCGAUAUCUCUGCUUGUUGUGUGGAAAAACGUUCUCUGUGUCUUACUGGCGUCAAGCAUACGAUGGAUAGGUUUUAACAGACCACGUUACCCGUCACGUACAACUACGCUAUCGGUACAAACUUCAUUAGUUGCCGAGCGCGCAUCGACGCGUACGCUUCAAAACUUUCGCCUGCCAAUCGCUCGUAUAGAUGCGACUGCAUUCUAUACUCUGUCUCUCUCAGUAUUGUUUAAAAUACUCUUAAUUGCGUUCGACAUAUUAUCAAUUAAGAUAUUUUACUUAACGUUAACGACUCAAGAAAAAAGAUGCGACUGCAACAGUGAUUAAACCCUGAUGUAAAGCCAAGUGUUAAGAAUUUAAAGUUUUCCAUUUCGCACUGCAACUAUGAACAUAAUCGGUAAUAAAGUGAGUGACCUAAAUCGGUAACUAAAGUGUUAUAUAAAGGUAUGCAUGUGCCUGAUCAAGGAUGAUUCUCGAAUAAUAAAGUGAAUUAAGAAAGAUGAGCUGGUAAUAACCAGAAGAUUGGAUGAUCGUGAUAAUGCGAUGAUUGGUAAACGCAGGAGAAUGUCAGAGCCAGCAUGAGGUGCUUCAAGAGUUUCUUUCAGCAUACUUGGCAUCUACAACAGACACAUCAAACAAGCAAAUCUAAAAAAGAUUUUUAAUCAAAUUUACGCAAAUAAAUUUCUCAUCACCAGCUACGUAUUUACUAUCGAAAUUCAAGGCUAAUAUAAGCAUAUAUAAUUAUACAAAGGUGUAAUGUCUUUUUAAACAUAUCGUAUUUAUGACGUGGCUUUUUAACAUGUUUUUCAUGUAAACUACUUUGAAUAUACGUCAUGUAAUAGCGGAUGUGUAAAGUGGCAAUCACCGCACGUUUCACCGCAAGGAAAAUAUGUCGGUAUAAUUUUAUGACUGUUUUUCUGUUAUUUUACAACGUUUCCCAACGAUAUGACCCAAGUCGCAAUUAAUCACACUGACAAAAUAACUAUAUUCACGAUCUACAAAAACAUCAAGCAUCAACAAUCGUAUUUGUUGGUCGUUUGAACGAUAGCUUUGAGCCUCUUCGAAAACUAGCUGCAUACUUUCGUUCGUCGAUUCUUCUACGCGCCAUCUUUCCAUACUUUCACCUUCUUGAAAUCUCGUUCCUAAUUAGUCACCAGAGUUCGUCGAACCACGAUUAACCAAUUGAAAAUACGAGAAAUCGACCAGAGGUUAAACGAAAAAGAAGAAAGGAAAAAAGUUAACAAAAUGUGAAUUAUUCGUCGACGAACUUCAAACUGUUCCUGCUAUUCAUUGAGCAAUAUGUUUGCAUAAUUUUGAUGUGAAAAUUUCGAUGUGAUCGAUCUCAAAAAAGAGAUCAAUUUUUAUAUUCACUCUGUAAGAUGUUCUUCAGUUUCUUCCGUGAUUUUCUCCUACAAAGUUCGUGACAACCUACUGAAAACAUGAGUCUCGCCAGAUUACGCAAGGUAUCCUACUUAUCAUUAUUGUCGGUGCAUCCGGCAUUUCCCUGCAUAACAAUUCUCAUACGUAGUUCAGUAAUGUGGAAUCCGUUUCGUUUAAAUUCUCGACCUUACAUUCCUCGUGAUUGAAGAAUUGUAUUCCCGGAGAUCAUUGCACAGUGAUCAUUGCACACGUAUUCCACACUGAUAGGCGUAUCGUAAUGUUUUAAUUUCUUAGCGCCUCUCAAUCUUCGAGGUAUUUAAAAUUCGAUAUCUUGGUGCCACUGAAAGAGAUUAGUCAAUUUCAAUAUGCCGAUGAAUAAAAGAGGCCAAAUACUAUAAAGAAGAACGCUAAAUUGUGAUUUAAAUUUGUAUAGAAUUAUCAUUUUAUAAGAUUGCAGACAGAAUUGAUCUGUAAUUAUAAUUUAUUAUGAGGUUUAACACCAUGUGGAAAAGAAUAGAGAACGAAAAUUGUCGAACUUCCUCUAAACGAUUUAUGAGUCAAUUAGAAACGUUUGGACGACAUUUACACGAGAGUAAUGAUUCGAUAAUGAAAGAUCAGGGGUCGGGUCUCCCAGCUCGAGACUGAUAAAAGUUGAUAAUGGGCCCCGCUUGGCCUAACUGCUCAGUUCCUUCGAUGUCGUACGCGAAUAAACUACUACCUUUCUAAGCGUCUAAUGGCAAAUAAGUUAUAUAAAAUUCGCGUGUCCCUUGUUUAACAAUUACAUGUCAAUUAAUUCCAAAUUCCGAUAGCAUGAUUAGCCCGGAUUUUUGUCAGUAAUUUGCAAUUCGCUAAAAAAUGUACCAACACUGUCUAAUCGCUUAGAAAUAUGAACAGCGAUGGAAAUUACCAUACCAGGAAAUAUGGAUACGUGUUUACCAAUAUGGUGGUUGUACCAUCCCCCGGAUCCAUAUGGGAUUAUCCGUACCUGAACCAGGUCAUCAGCACGAUGGACUUGGUGUAUAGGACUCGACCAAAGCCCGAACAAGAUCUAUUCCCCCCCAAGAUUCGGAUUCCAGAAGUGCAUAUGGAGAGUCCGUCGAGAGUGGAGCUGACGAAAACAGAUAUCCAGAGUGCGGAUGAAACGGAAUUGGGAGAGGUGAAAGCGACGCCUCCGACGAACAGCGUUGCGACCUCAACACCUCUGCAACCUGGGAGUAUUCCUUGUAAGAACGGUGGUUGUAAGAGCUGGUCCAACCGUGCGGAGUUGCGGAUGGAAAGUCCUUGGCAUUUUCUGAAGACCAUCUUCUUGAUCUCCGUGAUCGUUGCUUUGGUUCUCUGGGUAAUCAUCUACACGUUCCUCGUUCAAUAUCAGGUCUUGUGAAAAGUUUAGUAAGCUACGAGAAAGUUGCGAAGAUUAAAUGAAGCAGAUGACUUGGAACUGAAUGAAGCAGAUGACUUUUUGCUGUCAAUGCGACAAGAGGAAGAAAGUAUUUCAAGAUGAAGAAAAGCAAGGACGAUUUUGUCACUGAAAACUGACUUUCUGGCUGUUUCAUGCGUUGUAAUAUUUUUCGUUGAACUUUCCAUUUUCCACCGAUGAGUCCGUCCUUGAGUGAAGCAAUGAGUAAUAUCUUGCACAAAGUUAGUGCUUGUUGAUACAUCUUCAACUUGUUGGUACAUCUGUAUUUUUCUUGAUAAGUGGAAUGGAAAUGUAGGAAGCAUGUACUUUACUGUGGAAAGAAAGUUUUAGAAAUUCUCAGAGUUUGAAUUCUCGCAUUGCGUAAAGUCACGAAUAUCUCGUGGCUUGUAUUUGCUCGAUUAUUCUCGCUUUCAUCGGUUAGACGACGAAGAUAUUCCCAGUGUUGAGGCAUUGCAUGUAGAAAAAGGUAGAGACUUUUGUAAAUAUGUACAAAAGUGUCGUUGAAGCGAGAAUUAAAUUAAGAUAAUGCUAGUCCCUGCAAUAUUCAGAUUGGGUGUCUUCCUCUGACCAAAUUUUUAACAGAUGAUACAAUAAAACCGUGAUUGUAUUAUGACACGUCUAGCAUCGUGUAUCAGAUAUUUGAUAAAUAGUAUAUAUAAUAUUAAUCACUUUCUUCCUUUUUUUUACCAAGUAUUUGUACAAAAUGAAUAAAUAAACCUGACUACCUUA